AUGUCUACUAAGAACUACGACUACAUUCCUAAAUCAAUGUCCAGCAAACGUCAACGAGCGAAUCGGUGGCAUUCAGAAGCGAGUUGCGCCCCUACUGGGUUUGUCACUUCUAUCAGGUCACCGAUGACAAGCGAACAGCUAAAUGCUUACAUCGUGGGCUUUCGCAUUGCUGAAAUCACGGACAAACUUCGCACAAACGACCUCAACCAUACCACUGGGACUUCAACUCGGUGCUUAUCGCCUACACCAGAAUAUGAUAACACGGGCAAGCGAACUAACACUCGCAAGCAACGUUAUCGCAAGCAGCUGGAACGAGAGAGAGAGAGCAACCGGUGCAGACUGCCUUCAAGACAAUACCGGCGUACCGACCACCAUAUGACUACCGUUGGAAGAGAGACGUUUACUGACAAAAUCUACCUACCUGUUGCUGACUCCCCCCAUGUGCGUUUCAUUGGGCAAAUUCUGGGGCCCCGUGGAAGCAGCUUGAAAGCUAUCAAUAACCAGUCGGGAGCUAAUGUUAUUCGUGGAAAGGGUUCGGUGAAAGAACGAGAGGCAACAGGAACUCGCCGAGCCACUGCAAACGAUUGCAGAGAACCCCUUCACUGUUUUAUCACUGCGGACUCACGAUUCAAAGUCGACCAAGCAAAGAGGGCCAUUCAAGACGUGAUUGGAAACAGCCACUACGACACCAGAUCGUGA